AUGGCUGUUUUGCAACAAAACGGCGUUAGAGUCGAAAUGAGGACUUUAAGUGUCGGCGACUUUGCGUGGAUUGCGAAACAAAGAGUAGAUUUGGGGCCAAAUAUCGCGACCAUUAAUAGCCGUUCGCGAAGAGAAUUGAUUAUGGAUUACGUGAUUGAAAGGAAACGGAUCGACGACUUGGCCAGUAGUCUAAAGGACAGGCGUUGGGACGAACAGAAGUACCGACUCAUCAAUAGUGGCGUUCGGAAGCCUUCGUAUGUUAUCGAGUAUUUCGGGUCUCAAACCAAGAGAGGAGACUUCGGAGGCAUUAAAUACGAGACAUUAGAUCAGGCGAUCACUAACGCAGAAGUGGACGGCUUUGCGGUGAAACGAUGCGAUAGCUAUGACGACACGAUUCGCUAUUUAACAUUAAUGACACGAUAUCUUGAGUCCAGUUUUAAAGACAAAUCUCUGUAUUCGUGUUCCAGAGAAGAGAUGAUCAACAAAGAGGUGUCGAACGACCACUUCAUGAGUUACAAUGAAUUCGAUCGAAACGCCAACAAAAUCACUAACUUUACGGUCAAUGAAAUGUUUUUGAAACAUUUGCUCCAAAUUAAAGCCAUUUCUGUGGUUAAAGCCAAAGUGAUUGUAGAGAACUAUCCGACCCUUCAGAGCCUUUUGGACGCCUUCUCUAUCCCGGAGACACUCAAAGAGAAACAAAACCUCUUGUCUUCCCUUAAGAGCGGUUUAAUGGACAGGAAUUUUGGCCCAAAUUUAAGCAAAAAGAUUUAUAAUCAUUACUGCAACCAAUCGUUUUAA